AUGGAAGCUCUGGUCAGUGCCAAGACGGGACCAUGCCCACCCAUCUGCCGCCGCUAUACCCACCACUCCACACACUUGAGGGGUGCGCUGGGCCUGUGCGCGCGCCACCACACCGGUACAUGUAGGCGCGGCCACUCCUCAGCCCUAUCUCCAGCAGUCCAAGUUGUGCCUGUCCCGCCGCAUGUGAGCUCCAUAUUGUCGGACAACAGCCCGGUGGGAGUUGAACGGGCAGAUGACCACCAGCCCAAGCAGCAUAUGUGCUGCUGUAAGAGGACCAGGGCACAGGGCUGUGGAGUGAAACACCGGACAGCCAUAGUUCAUGGGAGGCACGACGCGUCCACAGCCAUUGGAGGAAAGCAGCAGAGACUGGACAAGUGUGGAGGCGGGAAAGGCAGCAUCGAGCAGGACAGAACAGCGUAA